GUGCAAACACCCAAUAUCGCAUCAAAUCUAUACGACUUGAGGAUGCUCGGCAAAUAAAUUUUAUCAAUUAUGAAUGGAAUACAAAAAUUUUAGAAUAUAGUCAAUACAAUCUUAAUGUUGGUAGAGGUCAAGAGAUUUCCUAUGAUCUUUCUAAAAUUGGAGCAGAACUUAUGCAAAAUUUAAUUCUGAAUAAGACUUAUUUAGAGCGCACUGAGCCAGGUGGACUCAUGCUAGAACCAUUCUCUUAUUGCAUGGAAAUGUUCCAAAGUUCCACAUCAAUAUUAUAUGAUAUUAAACAAAAAAUUAAACAAGAACAAAUACCACAAGAUAAAUUGGUAUUAUUACUUGCUGGUGGUAUUUCGCAGAACCAUUAUUCUGAAUUUAGUAGCGGCACUAGAAUCGAGGAGGUAGUAUUGUCGGGAAAUGAAUCAGAAUUAUUAUCAUCUUUAGAAUUACUUUUAUGUUUUAUUAAGAGAACUGCAGAUAUUGAUGCUAAUAUGACCCUUAAAAGUUACAUCCAGCAAUUGGUAAAGCUCUCUGUUCUCACAGAAAAUAAAGUCCUAGAAAAAGUGUUGAAUACUGGUCUACAACUAAAGCAUGCCAUUGCACUCUAUGAACUCGUUGAAGAUAAGGUAGCAGAUAUUGUGGUAGAAAGUAUCCCUAUUAAAUACAAGAUCCGACUUACAGAAGAAAUCGAAAAUGAAAUAAUAGCUGCUUGUUCUUUUGAGAAAAAAGAUUUCAAGCUGAAUUCAAACCUUAUCCCAGCCGAAGCAUUUAUGCGAGCCUUGAAACGAUUCAUAUUUCGUCAGUUGCUAGCAGAAUCUAUACGAGAAGAUCACCCUCUCUCGGUUUACUUGAUAGAGACGACGACUAUUUGUUGCUGGCCGGAUAAUAUAAAUGAAGAUUUGAUCUCAAACCUUUUCCCAAUGUCACUUUUGAUAAAACAUACAUAUGCUGCAUAUCAUUUUAUAAAAAAGAAGAUUGAGUAA